AGAAAAGAAACUGAAACUACAAAUUUGUCAAAAAUAUCUUCCUGAUAGGCAAAUAAGGCUCCCUAAUUCUCGGAACUUCCCAGAAACGAAAAUUUGAGUUUACUAGGUUCAGGCAAGGUGCACGACACAACAACAAAAUUAUUUGAACAGAAAGCAGUUUAUAAACGAGGGAGGUUUAACAAUGGCUUGCAAGAUGAAUGCAACUGGAUUAAAAGUGACUGGAAUUAUAUUGAUGUGUUUAAUAAGUGUAUGUUUUCUUUUCACUACUGCACUUCUUGCGAUGAACCUGAUUUGUAUUUUUGAUGGAAAAACAUUGGAGAAAUGUGGCAGACCGCAUAACAUAACAGCUGAAAAAUCAAUUGUCAUGCAUGCAUUUAAAACUACAGAUGCAAAUGUAAAGGAUAACAACCGCACAAAUGAUGAUGAAUCUGAUACUGAUGAUAAGUACAUGGAUGUUUCACAAAGUUUUAUAGAUCACGUAUACCAUAUGGGGACAAAAUUUGCAAUUGCCGCAAUAAUCGUUUUACUGGUUGUAAUAUUCAAAUGGCAGCGAUUCCAUGGUUGGCAAUAUUUAAAAGCUCUGCCAAAAAUGGCCCACUUCAUCGUAUGGAUUUUUCUCCUAAGCCUGUGGAUAGCAAGCGCUGUUACUGUAAAUUUGGUUCAUAUUAAUAACACACGUAAUGAACUUGAACUUGUACUUGCGACCAUGGAGGCUCUUUUGGUUGUCAUACUGGCAUCAGCCUGGGGGUUUAUAGCCAGACAGACAGUGAGGGCAGGUUUAACGGAGACACUGAGCCCAUCAUGGGUAUCAAUACUGAUGGGUGUGUACAAUAUGAGCCUUGGUCUAUUUGCAUUGAGAAUGGUGGCAUUCUUCUUGUAUGAUACUUCACUUGUGGCCAAGUCUAUAAACAAACUAGGCGAUAAGACAAGCAACGCAGCUGGGUAUACACUAGGUCCUCAUGAAGUUGGUGUGAAGGGAUGGGACAGUAUUCUACUGGUGUUCAGAUGUGCAUUCAGAGGAAGCCUGGCAAGAUUCUACUUUUCAAAAUUAUUCCAAGGUGUGUUAUUACCAAAUGUAUGUGACAAUGUGACCGUGAUGGUUGGAGACAGAAUCUUAGGGGCCAGUGACGAGGAGGGAGGGCGCCAGCACAUUGUACCCUGGUUACCCCAGGGAGAAGAAGACCGCCUACUCGCAAAUUCGUACCAUGGCUAUGAUCAGACCCAAAUCAACUCGGAAACUAGGCAACCCCAAACUAUAUACAUACCCCCAAAUCUGCGUGAAAGACAGAUGGGGAAUAUAGAUGUUGUUACAGAUGACAGGACAAAGAAAGGACAACAAUCAUAUUCUCUCUAAUAAACACACAUUGCAUUAAGCAACUUCUUGUUGAGGAGAGAAGCUGCCAAAUCCCUGGGAAUUUGUAAAAAUUUGAAUGGUGAGCCUAAUGAGUGAAAAUUUCAAUCCAUUAACAAUGAGAUGUCAAUAAAAUUAGAGAGAAUCAGUCAGUGAUUAUACACUAUUAACUUUUUUAAAAUAGAGCUAUCCCAAAUUCCAUAUACAAUGUAUUCCCUACUAGGACAUUCUGACCUAGGAGCGGAGUAUACAUUACUAAUUGGAGUGUAUGCCUUUGUUAAAGUGAAAACUGUUUGUGAAUCACCCUGAAGAACAUGGUAACAAAAAAGAGAUUUGGCAAAAACAAAGAUCAAUAGAACCUGAUUAUGAUAUGCGUUUUCAAUAUAACACAGACAAUGCUAAUGGACAUGAUGGUGAUGAAGACAAAACAAGGAAAAGCAAGUUAUAUUUUACAAUAUGAAACACCAAGUUAUGUAUAUUUAUUGUAAAGUAUGAUUAUACAAUAAAAACAUGUUGUUUUAAAAAAUGCAUG